AUGUACAAUCUAGGCUUUCAACUGUUUCUUUUAUGUCUGUAUGAGGCUGUAUGUGAAAUCUGCCUCCGAUUCCCCAAAACCCCACACCACCAUCACCAUGUUCAGCUCAACCCAACACCCCCUUCUCCCUCCGACGCCGCAUCCUCCCCGCUCCUCAGCACCUCCAUCGCCGACAACCUCCUCCGCAGCCGCCGCCUCAUCCGCCAGCCCCCGCGCCCCCUCCGCGGCGCCGCACGCUUCCUCCGCCGCGCCAGCGGCCGCCGCAUGAGGCUUCGGGAGCCUUCCGUCCGGGUCCGCGAGUCCGCGGCGGAGCAGCUGGAGGAGCGCCAGAGUGAUUGGGCCUACUCCAGGCCCAUUGUGGUGCUUGACCUGCUCUGGAACGCCGUCCUGCUCGUGAUUGCGCUCGCCGUGCUUUGGUUCAGCUAUGAAGAGAGCCCUGAGGUUCCUCUGAGGGUGUGGAUUGGCGGAUACGCGCUGCAGUGCGCGGUGCAUAUGUUCUGCGUGGGGGUGGAGUGCACGCGGCGGAGGCGCGUGGGAGAGGUGGGGGAGGCGGCGGUGGCGGUGGAGGAAGGGAGUCCUCGGUGGGAGAGUUUCUCUGGUUCUGGGAGUGAUGAGAGUGAAGAUUACGGAAUGGAGCAGAGUUUGGAAUAUAGUGCCACAAGUUUUGCAAAGAAUUUGGAGUCUGCGAACACGAUGUUUUCGUUUAUCUGGUGGAUUCUUGGGUUCUACUGGGUGACUGCUGGUGGUGAAAGUUUGACGACUGACUCUCCUCAAUUAUACUGGAUUACUAUCACUUUUCUGGCUUUGGAUGUUGUUUUUGUGGUGAUUUGUGUUGCCGUUGCAUCCCUCAUUGGUAUAGCUGUUUGCUUCUGUCUGCCAUGCAUCAUUGCCAUCUUAUAUGUCGUUACAGAUCAGGAAGGAGCAACUAAGGAAGAGAUCGAUCAUUUGCCAAAGUACAAGUUCCGCAAGAUAUCUGAUUUUGAGAAAGUUAAUGGUGAAAUCCAAGAGUCUUCUGGAGGAAUUAUGACCGAAUGUGACACUGAUGCACCAACGGAACAUGCUCUCUCCCAAGAAGAUGCUGAAUGCUGCAUCUGCCUUUGUGCCUAUGAUGAUGGAACUGAACUUCGUGAGCUUCCUUGCCGUCAUCAUUUUCACUGCACCUGCAUAGACAAAUGGUUACAAAUCAACGCCACCUGCCCACUCUGCAAGUUUAACAUUCUGAAGUCUGCUGGCCAGAGUAGCAGUGACGAGGUAUGAAAACAAAGGCCUGUAAAAUAGUUGUGACAAGAGUAUAUUUCCCCGCCGUAUGUAUAUGAUAUAUAGUGGACCAUGAACAAGAUUUCUCAAGAACCUGGGAUCCAUUUUGCCGGAUGCAUCAUCAGGGUAGGCUUUGUUGCCAUAGUAUCUUCGGUAUAGGUGCAGAUUUUUGUAAUAUUGAAUAAAAAGGUUUGUCAUGUAAUGCUUCUCAUUUCAAUAUAAAAGCUACAAAAAUAGCUAUGCUUCUUCCUGUUUAAUUCUUGGAGCUGUGUCAUUGUGGUUGUAUGAAGGAUUGGAAGUUUGAAAUACAUAUGUAAUAUCUUACUGUCUUGCAUAUAAUUAUAACCAAACGGAGAAGC